GGUCACACCGUCAUUGUGUCUUCCCAACACUACGCCGACCCGAGCUCCAUCACGGAGCCUCUCGGCAAGAUUCCUUCACACGGAUCGCGAGCAUCUCUCUUAGGGGGGUCUUUUGAUCCUGCCUUUCGACGACAAACGGGAGGAUUUCGCGCCAGAGAAGGAUAUACGAACGCACCCCCUGUGACCCAUACCCCCAGGAUGUAUCUCCCAAACACAACUUGGACAUGGUCCUUCGCGAUCGUCACACUCAUCCAGACCCUCGUAACACUGGGUCUUGAGUCUUAUAUUUUCGCGAAUUUCCAAAUUCAAGAACGCCCGAACACUAGUCCCGCCUCUAAAACAAUUCCCACUUUCCUCGCCCUCUAUGGCUUCGGUUUCCUCUACGAACUGGUGCUGGUAUAUGAUGCGCUACGCAUGAAGAACACGAUUCAGGUCAUCGGACUGUGCAUUUGUAAUAUUGGACUUCUGAUCUACGGUGCUAUUCAGAUGAAGCAGAUUCGGGAGGCAGUCUCAACCUUGUACUACAUGAACAAGAUUGAACUGUAUGUUUGGGACCAAUCUGAGCCCUUCUUGAUCAUCAUCCCAUGCAUUGUGGGAUUGGGGACACUUUUGAUGACAUUUGUCGCAUGGAAGCUCUAUGAUGAAUUCGCGUGGACAAUCUAUAAGCACAUCAGCGCUGAUCUGCAGAUGAAGCGCCGCUACCUCACUUACCAGAUUUACAUCGCCUUGUUGAAAUUCGAUUUCUUUUUCUUCCUGGGUUUCACAGUUCAAUUCCUGGUACUGGUCUCAACUGAGGGCACCGCUGAGUUUGCGCUCACGGUGGCUGCCAUUCCGGUGACCAUCAUCAUUCUGCUUUGUGGUGCCUGGUUUGUGCGCCGCGAAACCACUACAGGAAUGAUUGUAAUCAUUCUCCUUUUCUUCGCUGCCAUGGCGUAUUUCUGCUUCAAGCUUUUCCGCAUGUACGACCCACUUACUAGGCCACUUUACCUUCCUGCCCUCAACCCGAUGACCUUCUUCGCCGUCAUUACCCUUAUCCUGAUCACUAUCACCAUCAUUAAUGCGUGUUUGUGUGUCCACAACUUCCACCGCGGCUUGAAACCCCACAUCAACAAGAAGAGGAAUCAGGAGGAAGAAAAGACAACCGAGCUUUCUUCCAACCUCACCCAAGUACCGUCACGGAUGAUGAUCGACUGA